CCUGCACGGUGGCCAACCCUAAAUAAACAGAGAGUCUUUAUAUGUGGCAGUUGGUAGUUGUGUAACAACAACACUAAGCAAUAACUCAGAGAGAGAGAGAGAGAGAGAGGGAGAGGUCACUACAAUUUCAUUUCAUAUUAAGGCUUUGAAACAACCUUAUUGUUGUUUGUGGUGACUGUAAAGACGAUGAGUUUCGUUUGCAAGAGGAAAGCGAAAGAGGCAAUGGAUCAAACACACCCAGCUGAUGGCACCAAGAAGAACAAGAACAAGAAGAAGGAUCAUGAUCAUCAUGGCCAUGGGGACCGUGGAAGAGCGAAACGGCGCGCUCUGGUAUCGUUCUGGGAGUUACCGGAGUACAUGAAGGACAACGAGUUCAUACUAAAUUACUACAGAGCCAACUGGCCUCUCAAGGAAGCUCUCUUCAGUAUAUUUCGUUGGCAUAACGAAACGCUCAACGUUUGGACGCAUUUGAUUGGGUUUAUUUUGUUUUUGGGAUUGACUGUGGCGAAUUUGAUGGAAGUGCCUCAGGUUGUGGAUCUUCUUGGCUUCUUCACCAGGUCUAUGGCUUUUAGUGCAGAAACAAAUGUUUCCCAUAAUUACAAAGAUUUCGUCGUUGAUACCACAAGACUCGUCGAUCUGAAGCACGUAACACCGCCGGAAAUGGAUAUCACCCUGAUCGGGAUGGCCGCAUCACGGUGGCCAUUCUUCGUGUUCUUGAGCGGGUCUAUGUUUUGCCUCCUCUCGAGCAGCAUAUGCCACCUCUUUUCAUGCCACUCGCACCCAUUAAAUCUCUUCUUAUUGCGAAUAGACUACGUCGGAAUCACCGUCAUGAUCAUCACCUCCUUUUUCCCUCCAAUCUACUACAUAUUCCACUGCGACCAUCGCUGGCAAUUCGUCUACCUUGGCGGCAUAACGGUAAUGGGCAUGUUCACCAUUGUUACAAUGCUUUCGCCAUCAAUGUCGAGCGGGAAAUAUCGUGGUUUUCGAGCGUUGAUAUUCUCGGCAUUGGGGUUGUUUGGAAUCAUCCCUGCAAUCCACGCCGUUGUUGUCAACUGGGGCAAUCCCCAGCGAAAUGCUACACUAGCGUACGAGUUAGCCAUGGCCGUAUCUUAUUUGACCGGAGCAGGUUUUUAUGUUAGCCGGAUUCCGGAGAGGUGGAAGCCGGGAUGGUUUGAUUUGGCAGGGCAUAGUCAUCAGAUAUUUCAUGUUUUGGUGGUGAUGGGUGCAUUGGCUCACUACGGUGCCACGCUCCUAAUCCUGGAUUCGCAACACACUAUGAAUUGUUGAAGGGUUAUGUAGUAUUAAUUCCAAUUAUAAAAGUGUGAAUUUUUUUUUUAUUAAUUAGUAAAUUUAUUGGGGUUCAUUUUUUUU